UUUACACUUGUAGUUUCGAACAAUUUAUUGUCAGCAGUUUAAAGAUGCUUGGAAACAAAAUAUGUCUGGUAAGAACAUUGCUGUCUACAGGAUUUCAACGUGCACUCUGCACUGAUUCGUCUCGCAUUGAAAAAACUGUAAAUACUGUAACGCUGCUAGGGCGGGUAGGAGCGGAUCCGCAACGGCGUGGAAAUGAUGAACAUCCGGUCGUCAUGUUCUCCGUGGCUACUCAUUCGAACUACAAAUAUGAAUCGGGUGAUUGGAUGCAGAAAACAGACUGGCAUCGUGUGGUUGUCUUCAAGCCUGGUCUGCGAGAUUCUGUGUUGUCGUAUUUGAAGAAAGGCCAAAGAACCUUGGUGACUGGGAAAAUAACAUACGGAGAAAUAACAGAUCAGGAGGGAAAACAACGAACCACUUCCAGUAUCAUAGCAGAUGAUGUAAUCUUUCUUCAACAUUGACUGGGUCAACCAACUCAAUCGGAACGCAUUUUCGAUAUGAAUAAUUGUGUUGACAUGAAAAGUUUAGAAUUGUAACGU